AGCUGAUUCCGGCGUUUAACACGCGUUUUAAUCCGAGAGAUUUGAGAUCGAAUUAUAUUGUAACGUUGUGUGGUUUUCUCUGCGGUUUAAUAUAGAUGGAGAGAGAUUUUCUCGGGUUGGGUUCGAAAAAUUCUCCGAUCACUGUCAAGGAGGAAACCAGCGAAAGCUCUAGAGAUUCAGCUCCCAAUAGAGGAAUGAAUUGGUCGUUCUCAAACAAAGUAUCUGCUGCUUCUUCUCAGUUUCUAUCUUUCAGGCCAUCUCAAGAAGAUAGACAUAGAAAGUCUGGAAAUUAUCAUCUGCCUCACUCUGCUUCCUUCAUGCCAUCAUCAGUAGCUGAUGUAUAUGAUUCAAACCGCAAAGCUCCUUACAGUUCUGUACAGGGAGUGAGGAUGUUCCCUAAUUCCAAUCAACACGAAGAAACUAACGCAGUUUCCAUGUCCAUGCCGGGUUUCCAGUCUCAUCAUUAUGCACCAGGAGGAAGAAGCUUCAUGAACAAUAACAAUAACUCACAACCUUUGGUAGGAGUUCCUAUCAUGGCACCUCCAAUUUCAAUCCUUCCCCCUCCAGGUUCCAUUGUAGGGACAACUGAUAUUAGAUCUUCUUCCAAGCCAAUAGGGUCACCUGCGCAGUUGACGAUCUUUUAUGCCGGUUCAGUUUGUGUUUACGAUGACAUAUCUCCUGAUAAGGCAAAGGCUAUAAUGUUGCUAGCUGGGAACGGUUCCUCUAUGCCUCAAGUCUUUUCACCGCCUCAAACUCAUCAACAAGUGGUCCAUCAUGCUCGUGCCUCUGUCGAUUCUUCAGCUAUGCCUCCUAGCUUCAUGCCUACAAUAUCUUAUCUUAGCCCUGAAGCUGGAAGUAGCACAAACGGACUCAGAGCAACAAGAGGCUUGACAUCAACAUGCCACAACAACCAAACUAAUGCAUCCAAUAUUAACUGCCCAGUAGCAGUUCCUUGUUCUACCAACGUAGUAGCACCAACAGUGGCUUUACCUCUGGCUCGCAAAGCAUCUCUGGCUAGGUUUUUAGAGAAACGCAAAGAAAGGGUCACUAGCGUAUCGCCAUAUUGCUUAGACAAGAAGUCAUCGACAGAUUGUCGCAGAUCAAUGUCAGAAUGCAUUAGUUCUUCUCUCAGCUCUGCAACCUAAUUUCAUCUACAGUAAGAAGGCUGCUUUAGGCCACUCCACAGUCCACAUCCAUAUUUGCAUUUCAACGGCGGUCUUUUCAAUUUCUCAGUUAAUUUUGUUUUCUCUGGCUACACCGAGUUUCUUCUUAGCUUAUAUAUACGAUAGUGAAUACUUUGUUUACGAGAUUUUGGUCGAAUGGACCUUAUGAGAGCGAAUCAGAUAUGUACUUUGGAAAAUUAGUAGAAACUGUUUGUUUCUUUCUUUUUACUCUUUUCUUUUGUAUAUUAUUAUCAGUCGUAUGUAUAAUUCAUAAAAUGGAAUUGGUUCGCUUCUAUUUCUCUAAUAAAUUUCUGUUCAAAAU